CUCGAGCCUAUCCUAAGCGAAAGCAAACACAUAAAGCCGCCGUCCGCCGUUGUCAUUAGUCCGUCUUCUGUCGUCAGUCGUCACUCACUAUCGCCGGUCAUCUCAAGACUCAAGUUAAGGACGCAAGAUGUCGGACAAUUUACAGCAUGUUGAUCAAGCCCAGAAUGUUUCACAAGCAAACCAGCCUGCUGAAACUGGUAGACAGGAAGCUGCGACUUUGGAAGGCACUCAAGCUCAAGGGCAAGAGGAGCCUGCUACAAGAAAAGUCAAGAAAAAGGGAAAGGCACCGCCUCUGAAAUCUGAUGUUUGGACCCAAUUUAAGAAGUACCUUAAUGAAAAAGGAGAAGUGAGAGCUAGCUGCAAAUAUUGUGGUAAAGAUUAUGCAGCGCAUCCGGUUAAUAACGGAACUUCUGCCAUGAAGAAGCAUAUGAACCCCCCAAAUGCUUGUAAUGCUCAAACUAAUGGUAAUGGUAAGGACACUGCUCAACAACUGUUAAGUAUAACGCCAAAUGGUGCAGGUGAUGCUAGUGUGGCAGGCUGGAAGUUUGAUCAGUACAAAAUAAGGAAGUCUCUUGCUCGCAUGAUUAUUAUGGAUGAAUUGCCAUUCAAGUUUGUGGAGCAUCUUGGAUUCAAACUUUUUAUGGCAGAUGCUUGUCCUAGGUUUAAUAUGCCUUCCAGGUGGACUGUUUCAAGAGAUUGCUUUGAUUGGUAUUUUGAGGAAAAGGAAAAACUCAAGAUGCUUUUGAAUAGCUCUACAGGUACUAGGAGGGUCAGUUUGACUACAGACACUUGGACUUCACUACAGAGAACUAAUUAUAUGUGUCUUACG